UUUUCAUAUAGUUAUCACAUGAGUCAAGCCUCUGUUUCAGGAUAUAAAUACGCAAAAAGAACUUUUAAAGUAUUUGUGGCAAUGGAUCAACUUGGACCAGAUUUACAAGUGCACAUAUGAAAAGGAUACUAAUUGAAUAUAACAGCAGCCGAGACCAGUAUUCUAGGAUACCAAAUGAAAAUUGUUUCAUGUGUUGCUGAUGGAUCUUGCUAAAAGAAUGGAAGAAGAUGUGUUCGCAAUGAAAACGUUGGAAGAUGAUGUUUAUUUUAGUCAAAACAUGGACUCUGGCGUAUUUUCCAUAAAACAUUUGGAUGAUGAUGUGUUUUCGAUUGAAAGUGGUGCCGAUGGAAUAAUAUUUCACAAUGAUUUUUCUGCUGACCAGGCUGAUAAUGAUGACGACGAUGAUGACAAAAUAAAACAGGAUUUAAAACUCAAGCGACAAAGUAGCACGUAUGAAGAUGUACGGUCAUUUGUACAAGAGGACAAAUUAUCAAAGGAAAUAGAAGAUGCUGGUACCCUACAUGGUCUUAACAAUUAUAUCAACAACACAGUAGAAUGGUGGAAAAGUAAGAAGAUAAACGUUGCCGUCACUGGAAACUCUGGAUCCGGAAAAUCGAGUUUGAUUAAUGCUAUUAGAGGUCUGAAACCUAAAUGUUGUGGUGCAGCGCCAGUCGGAAUUAGAGAAACUACCACAGAAAUACAGAAAUAUGAAUUUCCUGAAAGCGAUAAAGUUGUUUUGUGGGACCUACCGGGAAUGGGAACUGAGAAAUUUAAGCAAGAAACAUAUACAGAUGAUAUGGGAUUUUACAAGUUUGACAUUGUAGUGGUUGUUACCGCCAAUCGAUUCUUAGAAAAUGAUAUAUGGCUUGCUGAACAGGCAUUGGGUCAUGGAAAAAAUGUUAUGUUUGUUCGUACUAAACUUGAUUCUGAUCUGGCAAAUGCCAAACGGGACGAUCCUGACAACUUUGACGAGAUCAAGUGUAUUGAAACCAUCAGAAGGGACAUUGAAGACCAUAUAAGCAACCGUGGUGUCGCUGAUUUAAGUGAAGGGAUCUAUAUGAUCAGCUCCCCAGACCGAGGAAAAUAUGACUUUCCGGUACUAGUGAAAAAACUCAAAGGUUUACUGAAUAUAAAAGGAGUUGCUAUCUGUAGAGUGCUGCAGCAACUGCUAGAAAAGGAGAUUAAAGCAAAGAGAGACGCUGCCAAACGCGAGUUUACAAGCAGGAAAGUUGCAUCAGCAUUGUACGGAUUUUUACCUGUACCAAAGCUUGAAACAGCUCUAAAUAAGCACGCUGUUGCUAAAAUACGUGAGAUCUGUCUUGAGAAGUUUAGUUUAGACGACGAUUCUCUCGCCAAAGUGUCGAAGGAAUUAGACUUGUCGGUUGACACUCUCAAAACGUACCAUUUAAGCGCAUUCAAUACAGAACAGCUUAAUCACGUGGAGAAACUGUACUGCCAAACUGAGGAGUAUCGAUUUAACACAUUCCGGCGAUACUCCAAGUAUUUUGUGCCAAUAGUUGGUAGUAUCCUGUCCGCUUGUAAGGCUCCCCAUACAAUACAGGACUGCGUGGACAUCAUUUGUAGCAUCAUGGCUGAAGAUGAGUACUACCUAGUGCAAUUGAGACUUGAAAAACUUGAAAAACAACUUCGGCCACUUACAUAAUGCUGUAAUUUACCUCGGAAAUUACAGUAGCAUAGAGAAGGCAUGGAUGCUGAGCUUCCACUUUGCCUAGUUUAGUAUGCUCGGAUUUGUGUUGACAUAUAUAUUUAAGCUAGAAUGUGAAAAAAACAAACAAACAGACUUGAAUUCAAGGGCGUUACUCCUUACGAAGGAAAGUAAAUAACUGUAGUGGCCUUAAGAUACAUUACAUGUAUAUAAAAAUACUUUAUUAUUCCGAUGAACUUUAACGCAAGCCUGACAAUUACAGUUCAUAAGGGAAACUCUGUGAAUUUCCCUAUGAGAUUUAUUUAUGUUAGGGAAAUAAAUAGGUAACCAAAG